AAAGCAAAGCAAAGCAAAAGCGAUAAGAAAAAUCUAAACGAAACACUGUAUCUAUCUAUCUAACUAUCUCUAUCUGUGUGUGUAUAUAUAUAUAUACAAUGUAUGUGUGUAUAUCGUGAAUAAUAUUAUUAUAGUUGAGGCGAUGAGAUUGUAGUGGGUGGAGGUUGCUUCCGCUAAAAUAAAUGCAACAACCGUUACCUAUGGCGCUGGCUUUCCUCGCUGCCUGCUGACUCAACUCUCGACUCGAGUUCGUGGGGAAGUUUUCCUUUUCCGUCAUCGGAGGCUUUACCGCUCAAUUAUUCCCCAGGCGUACGUAGAGAUAGACAGAGUUGCGUUGCGUUGCGUUGCGUUGUUGAUGCUACGGUUCUAGAGAGAGAGAGAGAGAGAGAGAGAGAGAGAGAGAGCUGACUUCGGAAGGAGCUUGCUGCUAUACGUCUAGAGAGAGAGAGAGAGAGAGAGAGAGAAAGAGAGAGAUGAACGCUAAUGGAUUUAGCAGCGUGGAGAAAGAGUACAUUCGGAAGCACCACAGACACUACCCCGCUGAGAAUCAAUGCAGUUCCACUCUAGUCAAGCACAUCAAGGCCCCCGUCCAUCUCGUUUGGUCCUUGGUGAGGAGAUUUGAUCAGCCGCAAAAGUACAAGCCGUUCAUCAGCAGGUGUGUUGUGAAGGGAAAUCUUGAAAUUGGGAGUCUAAGAGAAGUUGAUGUUAAAUCGGGGCUUCCGGCCACAACCAGCACUGAAAGGUUGGAAAUUCUUGACGACGAGGAGCAUAUCCUUAGCAUCAGGAUUGUGGGUGGUGAUCACAGACUCAGGAACUACUCUUCGAUCCUUUCUGUCCACCCAGAAGUCAUUGAUGGAAGACCAGGGACUCUAGUGAUAGAAUCCUUUGUGGUAGACGUGCCCGACGGAAACACCCAGGACGAAACAUGCUACUUUGUAGAAGCCUUAAUCAAAUGCAAUCUCAAAUCACUUGCUGAUGUGUCGGAGCGAUUGGCGGUGCAGGACAGGACCGAGCCCAUUGACCGUAUGUAGAUGUGAUGCUCCAGAUUUGUGGUGGAGGCUAUGAUUAUACACCAUGGAUGAAGCUUCUCCUUGGCUUUUCAAUCCUAGAGUCUGUGGAGGCGGACGGGUAGUAGAUGUUACUCCACAUUUUAUGUACACUUGCACUCUUCUUCCUUUUGUUUGUUAUGAUUCGUGUCUUGGUCUUUAAAUUAUGCUGGAUUUCCUGUUAGUAGCUUAAGAACCAAAGCUUUGUAAAAGGUUCCGAAACCCCAUCAUUUGAAUGGAAGGUGAAAAUGAAAGACCAGGUUCUUAUUCUAUCA